AUGACGCAGGUGGGUGACGGGUUUCCUUCAACAAACACCCCCCAAGGCUUUGGUUCAAGGACGAUGGUGUCGUUGCUGUCCAGCGAGGUGCAUGUAAAUGACAACGAUGCCUUGCUUAUUGGAUCGACGACAUACGAGGCAAAGUAUGUUCAACCGUCGCCUCUGCUUAAGGGUUCUCUGUACAUCCAGGACCCUAACAAAUUGUUUAACAAGGACGAGGAUUUGAGGAUAGACAAGCUGACGCUUUCUCAGCUGUACAGUACCGCCUACGUCCCGUACAUGCAAAAGAAACAGUACCAGCUGGAGGCGGAGUUUUCACUCUUGCCAUGCCCUCCGGAUUUUGACGGUGAGGCUUCAACUGACCCUGAGGCUGUGAUGCAGUACGUAAAAGGGCUUUCUGCUGUGUACUGCAAGGAUCCAAAGGAUCCGUCUCCUUUUCAGCUUUAUGAAACUCUUGUUAGUGGGUUUAUGGAGGGCGUUGCCGCCAUGACAACUCAAUUCACGAAUGAAAACAAGGAGGUUUUUUUAGGCAGCAACUCAACUUCCCUGUUUAGUUCCCAAGAUCAAACAUCUGGGGCACUUUGUUUGCCGCGAUUCCAGUCGUUUGCACCAGCAACAGAAAUGGUGGCGUUAACAAUAUCCAUGUGGUUGUCAAAUAUUUGGCAUUUGGAUAACAUUGGCAUUGCCUUGGAAAAAGUUGAGCAAUCUCCCGCCGCCACCCGCGCUUUAAGUUCAUCUAUUGUGCAGACCGCACUUGAUGCCGGCAGAGAGCUCCUCAUGGGGGAUUGCUGUUCACAGGAGCGAAAAGGCGAGGUGUGCAGUUUGCUGGGACUUGUCGUUCUCCCUCGCGGGGAAAUUCAAGAAAUGCUUCGAUAUGUUAGCAUUCUCGAGGAGUAUUGCUUCCAUUCUCGCUUCAGCAUUGUACCAAUUGUGCUACCUCACUAUGAGGAGGUGUUGCGAAGCUUUUCCUUGACCUCAUCAUCGCAGCAUUUAAUGUUGUCUCCUGUUGACGCUCACCACCGUGAGACAACCAAACUGCCGGUUAUGCUAUCGGAGGGUGUCAGUGUUGUUUGCUUUUGUGUCUCACCUUGUGGUUUAUUUUUGGCCGCCGCCACCGUUUCUGGCAUCUUGCUUUUUCACACUGCGACGGGAGAGUUGCUGGUGGAAUCGGUGGAUAUGUUUCUUUCUCGAUCAUUGUGGACAAUGCAGUUUUCCCCCGACUCGAAAAAGCUGAUUCUAACGAUGAUGGCUGGACUGCGUCACGUGGUGCUCAGCACCGACCUCGUUUACCUCAGUGAACACAACACGGAGUUGCCAGCCAUUCCAACCGCGAUGACGUCCGAGUCUAUUGACUUUCUCUUCUCCCCACUGUUGACGAGCGGACGAAAAAGUUCAUUGUACCUUGUGGCAUGUGGGAAGACAGUGCUGAACAAACUCGGUCCCGGGGCCGAUAGAACUGUUGAGAGUUUUGUUGUCUGCUCGCACAUCCACAGCGAUUUUGAGGGAAAUUUGGUUGUCUUGGAGGCGGAUGGUCGCACCUUUACCUUGCACCUGCGGGGAAGUAUUGUCACCUUGACGCAUGGCUCCCACAGCUGCUUUGGCGUCUGCCCAAACAGUGCUCCCUGGCAUUUUAUGUUUUGUCAGUGGAACCGGGGCACAUGGACGUUGGGUAUUGACAAUAUUUUGGUUGACCUACAUGGGGCCCGCACUGCUCAGCCUAAUGCGCUCAAAGUCACUCGUGCAACGAUAUUUGAUGGCACUGGACAUGUCGGAUCGCUCGUGGUGUGGUGUGGGGAGGGCCUGGAGGGACGCUCGAUCAAUAAGUUUUCCAUUGAACGAGUGUUGGAGUCAUCUGUGAAGCCGUUUUUUUACCUGCCGCUGGAUGAGGGAGAGGGGUUUUGGCUGAAGGAGCUGGCUGCUAUGCAGACUAUUUGUAUUCCGGAACAAUCGAUUGUCUGGGACGAGUCCGUCUGCUGUCCGUGUGCCCCGCCUGAGUCGUUUGACCAUAAUGUUCGCUUUCCACAACAUCUGCUGCAGCAGUCGGACGUCCUGGUCAGUAAGUUUCAGGUCCUUAUUAUCAUCCCCUCUCUACACAAGGGAGGAGACGGGGUGGUUGUUGCUGUUCAACAUGGAUCAAAAUCCAUCAGCCGAGUAUACCGUUGCCCGGGGAGUUAUUCGCAGUCACUUUAUUUCCUUUCCCGUGACGAGUCCUUGUUGUAUUCCUUUCAGCAGCGCUUUUCGACGUUCUCCGUGAGUUCCAUCUCUACCACUGCGAGACGAGAAUAUGAAUUACAAGAAAGUGGUGUUUUGCGCACAGAUACGUUGCAGGGUUCACCCGAGUGGUUAUACAAUGAGAUCCUGAAACGCAUGUGCAUUGACGGACUUGAUCUUCUUCGAAUUCCGCCCGAAAUUACUCCACUGCGGUUUGAAAACUUGCGCCAACUGUGCAGGAUACUGCAAGGUGCCCAGAAAGAGUCUAACAAUGUAAAGCUAGUGGCGGUUAUGACAUUAGCAAUGGUACACUUUGAGCGGCUAGCGUUGGAGGAUGCUGACUCCCUUUCACGUAUCGCUGCGUCCCUUAAUCGUUCCUGCAAGCAAAUCAUGGAAUGCUUUCCUAAAGGUUAUGUUCGUGAUGUGGCUGCCGCAUUGGUCCGGGCCGGCGCUAGCCGAUCACUAACCAUGACAGAUAAAGUUGAUAUACUUAUGCAUGCCGAUGAUGAAAGGGUGACUGAUGCAAUUGAGUGCUGCAUGUGCAAAGAGUCCCUAUACGACAUUAUAUCCUUUGUAGUUAAUGAUGAUCCCUCCAAAUUGUUGCUCAUUGCACAUGGGCUUUUUCGACGAUGUAAACUAGAGGAGGAGGGCCGUGUUUCUGGACGAACAGUGUUUCCUUUUAUGUUAUGGUUUUCAAUUGUAUCCGUUCAACUUCUUCUUGCUUAUGGACAGUACACAGUAAUUUGCCGUCUAUUGGAACUCUACGUUCAGCACGCAGAACAACUCCUUCCGAGGCGAUCGUGGGAUGACAGCAUACAACAAACCGUGGUUCACACAGGGCUUCUACCGAUGCUGAUCAGUGUUGCCAAACUGUGUCCCGCUGCUGUCACCCAAGAGGUGGAAUUGGCGUUGCUGCAUCUUCUUGAUACACUGCCGCAAGAAGCCACCAGUAACCUCUUCCCUGUGAGCUUUGAGACGCGACAAGCAAGCGACGUUGUACCAAGCACAGAUAGUGCCCCAUUUAAGUUUGUUCUUGACUGUAAAAGAGCGACAAAUGUUUUUAUUUCGAAGGAAUUGUCCGCCUCGGAGGUGACAGUUGUCGCAUCUAACCCUUCCAAUGAGAAGCCAACUAAGCUUGUCUUGAAUAACGAGACACCAUUUGUCACGAUAGAUGGAUCGACCCUAUUGCUUUUCGGGACAGGAGAGAGCUCGCUUACCGUUGUCUGCAGCUAUGAGCUUUGUGUUGGCACACCGUGCAUCUCUAUGCUGCGUGAAGGUAUUUUGAAUUUGCUUUUAUCUUCGGCGAGGCAUUUAACAACAACCCCCACGUCGUGUGGUGUUUUUCUGGCGCCGUUGCUGCGUCAUGGACUGGACUCAAAAACACUCGCAACGCAUGGGCUGGAUGUUCCUGGCAGGGUGAACGAGUCCAGCUUCGCGGUGGACAUUCUCAACAAUGAGGGAGAAGGAAAAACGUUUGUGGAUGAGGUGUGGAAAAAUAUGCGGGGUGGCGUGACACCCCUCAUGCGGCCCGCCAUUCAGGCACUCUUAUCUUUGCUUAUACACAGUGGCUUGACUACACGUCAGGCCACUGACGAGUUAAAACUCCGUUGGUUUAGCGGGGAAUGGGGAAGUAAACUCCAGGGAAGUGGAAAGGAUGCCGCACGACAGUCAUUGUUGGGCUUAGCCAAAUGGAUUACUUCAUGCGUAUAUUACCAGGCCGAUUAUUUCCCCUUGUAUGCGCGGCGUGCCUCGAACGUAAGGCGCUCCCCACAUGAAAGUUCGUUUGCCGCCUCACGGUCUGCGUCAGAUCCUAGACCCGCUUCCAUGUGUAGGCGAAACGUGGUUAGGGGUGCCAUGCAGAAUCAAGAUAUACUAGAUCAGGUGCGCGCUCUGCUUUCUAAAGGUAUUACCCCCCAAAAUCUGGAAAAAAUUUUAGUGGAACGAACGUCUUCCGCCCUGCGUAUAAUGCGUGGAUUGCACCUUCUCUCGGCUCUUCUCUCAAAACUUGAGAAGGUGGAGACUAGAAUGCUUCACGGCAUUCUCCAGACUCUGUGGAUGUUUUCUGGAGAGGGGAGUGGAAAACACAUAAUUGAGAGUCUUGUGGGCUCUGGCACCGAAUUGGAAAUGCGAGUACGUACGGCGUUUCAUUCUGUCCUAGAGAUGUGUGAAUCCCUGUUGAUGAGUAAUUGUCCCAAGGAGCUAUCGACAGAGGUGAUGCUGGCGUCUCCGGCAGAGAAUGGCUCCUCCACGAUGUUGUUGCUGGCGAUCAUGUGCCAUCCCUGGGACGCCGUGGAUUGCGAAUUUUUUAGGUGCAGCAGGAACGACGAUGAGGUAACUGGUAUUCUUGGCUACUUGGCGGACCAGAUGAGUCUGUUCACGUGCAGCCUGCCAUUGAUGUGCUCACGACGGGCACGCCGUGAGCAAAGUAAGACCACAAGCGCAACAAAGGGGACAACCAAUUGGGAUGAACUGAUUGGGAUUGCAGAGCACGUGUCCAUCAACUCCAUUUUACCAAAUGGAUUUUCUAUUGUUGUUCCAAACUUGCAACUGUUUCUUUCAGAGGAAGGCGUCACCUUUGAGAAGGCCGUUCCUGGCUUAUUGACGCUGCGCGCGGACGAGGCGUGGCCCCUUCCACGACAUAUGGCUUGGUUUGGUGGUCUUCCCCGUGUGUAUUAUUACGAGGUGACACUCACAUUUCCGUGUCAUUUUUUUGCGCUUGGUUUGGGUCACAACCGAGGCGAGGUGGAGCGUGGGGUGGAUGUAACAUAUUUCUACGAUAAUUUAGGCGACACCCAUGCUAUCUCCUGCCCGCCUUUUGAUGAGGGUGACACGAUUGGCUGUGGAGUCGUGGCGACGACACGGCGCAUAUUUUUCACCCUCAAUGGUGUCUUUAUCUCCUUUAUGGGGACUGUGAGUGAUAAGACCGAGGCUCUCUAUCCUGUAAUCCGCGUCAAUAACGAGGAACGUACAGGCUUUACGGUAAACUUUGGCUCCACGGCAUUUUGCUACGAUUUUCGUAGAUUACACCCCGCCCUUUCAGUUAGCGGGUACCCGACUUGGUACAUCGUGGCAUCAACCGCAGAAAUUGUGCUUCACUACAUGUCCGCUCGUGCCAGCGUCAUGCGAGAGUCAGGUAAACCGUGCACAGGGAUAUUUUUCAUUAAGUGCUGCGAGUUGGUUUGCCGAAGCAUUCACAAAAUUGCCUCAAUUAUUAUGGAUAUUGGAGUGGCCAAGGUGGAGACUUCCGAGAGUUGCAUGGAGGAGGCGGUCAUCCUGUCGGUCGUCGACUCAUCGCUCAUAAAGUUUAUUGCCACGCUGCGUCACAUCCUACAGGCUCCUACACUGAACUCAGUGCCUGAGGUAGUGGGGGAGAUGGUAUUUGACGCGGCAACAGUUCUAAUGAUGUUGCCUUUGCACUCUAUACGAAUAUCCACCAUAAAGUUUUUUCCAGAACUUCUACCACACGUUCCUCGUGUGCGGGACGUCAAGAGCUCAACAAAGCUUGUAAAAACUUUUUUUGAACACGCCAAGGUGAUGGUAGAUACCCAUGGUAAAAUUCCCUUUGUUCCCUACUGGCGGGAGUGCGAUAGCCGAUGCAUGACCAUUACAAAUGUGCAGGGGGUGUGCAUGCAGCCAGAGGCGCAGCGAAGCAUAGUUUUGGGAAAUAUUCUUCCGCGUACUGGGAAGGUGUCCUUUACAGCACGCAUUUUUCGCAAGGGGAUGUCGAAGGGUCACUCUUUGAAGGGUGGGUACUAUAUUGGGAUAUCCGUUGCUAACCUGAAGCCCAUGUCACAAGCAUGUAACUCUCAGAGAUGGAAGGCUGUGAAGCCACCUGUAGUAUGGGCGCUUCACGAUGUCUCGCCUCAGUUACCCCACGCCACAAAUCCAACGGUAAAACCAAACGUUUUUCAUCGCACUUUUGGCAGUGGCGACGAGAUUUGUGUCUCAAUAGACUGUGACAAACAAACGGUAAGUUUUUAUCGAGACAAUGAGUUUCUCAAGACAUUGUUUACGGACAUUCCUACAAAUGUUGACUUAGUACCAUUUGUUCAGCUAUACAAUGACGAUGCUUCCGCCUACAUCAGUCCUGGGGAAAUGACGGCGCCGAUUUCAUCCUUGACCCUUCUCAGUGCAGCUUCUGUGGAUGUAUUGCGUUCCAUGUUAACGUUGGACCCGUUUGAGCGUUUAGUGGCAGAUGGUCUUUGUGAGGAACUUGAUGGAGCAGCGUUCCCCAACGUUGCCUUGGCGUUGUUUGGCAGCAUGCCAGACCCGCGUGUUUUACAGCUCUGUUGCCGUAAUGGUGAGAAAGUUCUGGUUACUGUUCGCCGUUUGAGGCAGCAGCAGGUCAAGUUUUCUGUUGGCAACUUGGCGUACUACGGGCACAUGAACAGUCUCCGCACUGCCUCUUUUUUGGGUGCAUGCGGUACGCUUGACGUCAGUGAUUUAUCAUCAUCCUUGUCAGGCGUCCAGCGGUGCAUCAUGAGUUUGGUGAUGGCACUUCGCCGUCUUGUUCUCCCGCUUGUCACGACACAGGCCCUCGCGCUGCAGGAGACGCAGAAACGGAAAGACAUACUUGAGGAUGAGAAUGAUCAAUGGGGCGAUUUGUUUCACGGUGUUCGUGUGACGCAGUUUCUCAGCAUUCAACGACUCUCUCAGAAUAUUCCGCUUCUGGAGUCUCCGCGAGUUCCUGUGGAUUACACCUUUUCUGCCGCGUUAUCACAUCCUGGUUUUUUUUUGCCACCCCAGUACUGUGGCAGGCUGGCGACAGUGCCGAGUGGCGGGGAAAAUACCACGCCACCUUUCAUUGCGAUUGCCGAACCCGCUGUUCCGAGGACUGGGCGAUUUAAUUUGCGGUGCCAGCUUAUGCGCGGGCGCACUGGACAGAUAUUGGGCGGUGGAUACUACUUUGGUAUCUGUGUCGCCUCGCUUGAUUGGAGGCGGCGGGAUCUGAAUGUGGGCAAUCCAGAGGUAUGGGCCAUACAUGACAUGGAUGAUGCCCCAUGGCGGCUGCGUCACCUGCACCCAGGGACGCCUUUCCGGACUAUUGCAGACCCAAGUUGCAUUCUGGUUAGUGGAGACAUCAUUCGUCUUGAGGUUGAUCGCGACGAGGGCACCAUGCAAGCUUAUCGCAAGGGUGUCAACCAAGAGGAGGUCUUAUUGGGUCUUAUUUUUGACAAUCUGCCCAAGGAGGUGAAGCUCUUCCCGUUUGUGCACUUGUAUAAUACAGACGCUGUCGCCGUACUUUUACCAUCCAGUGGAGAUCAGCCGGCAAUACGUACAACGGUGCAGCAGCCACAUUUUGCAUUGUGCUCUUUAAACGUUAAACGAAACUGCGAUGGUUGUCUCACACAGCACCUUGAGACACGUUUGACCUCUCGUGUGUGGUACAAAUGUAACGAAUGCAUUGAUUACAACUUGUGUCAUUCCUGUUUUACGCUUUGCACCCAUUCACAUCACUCCUUUACCGAAAUGGGACCUGAUCCUCUUGUAUACUCCAGCGCUCCCCCAAAGUUUCUUGAAUGUGGUACAAAAGUCAUAAUUUCCGGAACCACGUCGCUAUAUUUGAAGAGUUGGGGUUGUCGUUUGUUGGAGAGACACAUGAAUUGUGUGGCGGAAGCGAAGAGGCACAAUGCUGUAGCAAUGUGGGGUAUUGUGUUUAAAAAAGUGGCCACCUUCACGGUUUUGGUGGACACGUUAAACGGCGAACCGCUUUCCUCCGAGAUGCCCACGUUUAUUGGCGUCGGUGAAGCAGAAGACAUCACUUCCUUGUCCGUCGAAAUGCUUCGUGAGCGAUGUAUGUCGGGGGCUGCCACUGUUGCUUCCCUCUGCAGCGAUUCCUCCAUGGGACGAAAACUCAACUCUUUGACUCUUUCCCCUUCCGGCUUUUGGCGUGGUUCGACGAUCACCAUUGAGGUGGAUACCGUGUUGGGGGUGGCCACCAUACGUCGUGACUGGGUGACACUCGGGACACAACCCUUUCCCAUCUCUCGCCUGAGUAGCCCCGCCAACUUGGUUGGGUUUGUGCUGUUUGGUCGAAAGAAUGUCGUUGUUUCCAUUUACCCUGAAAUCAAACAAACCCUACCCGCAGUCGUGGAGGGAGUGACAGGCACGUUUUUGCGUGUUUCUUGUCAAGGGCGUAUUCGGCUGCUAAGACCAGAACACUGUCGUCUCCCUUUGGCUUUCUGCCAAAGUUUGCCUGAGGUGGGUACGCUAGGGUAUGUCUUUCUGAAGAAGGAUCUUGCGCAAGGCAAAGUUGUUGCCGUUGGAAAGGACGAAGUGGCGAUUCACUUCCCGCUGAACAACGCGGUUCAGUGGGUCCCCUAUGCCCUUUUUCUAACAGGUCGAUGUGACAGUAUUGCAGAGGAGUGUCUGCUUCAUCGCGAAAUUGACGAGACAGGUGCCACAAUGCGUGAUGGGUUUGUUCUUUCCAGACUUUUGCUUAUUCUUUCAUUUCUGUACGAGAAUGAAAAACUUUUACCAAUUCUCUUGCCCUACAGCUCGGCAAUUUUGAAUGUACUUCGCCCCAUAGCUGCCGUGGAGAUCAGGAAUGAUUCACCCAUAGAGUUUAUUCAAGAGGUUCGUGCUGCAGUGGAUGUAACGUGCAAUUGCAUUCGUAACAUGACAUGUAGCAGGACUCUUGCGGGAUUUAUUCCGUCGCUUUCGAUUGACGGCCAUCAAUACAAGCCGAAGCGUAACUUGCUAAUGUGCGCUGUACAGGGUCCACACCGCGGCAAACUUUUUAAAGUUUCUUCUGUGGAAUUGCCAACUUCCUUUAAAGGUGUGGAACUGGCCAAUGCUUCUUCAACAGCCUUGUUACACAUGGGGGAUUGUGUUCCAGUAAAGCAAUCGGGCGGGAAACCGUGGUGGACCAUCCAUAAUGGUCUGCCCUGUAACUUGCUGGAGCACACCUUGCGCGUGACAGAUCCUGAAAAUCGCUUGUGUGACACCACACUGGAGGGGGAGUGGCAGGGAGAGAUCACCGUACCGAGAAGAGGCACCAGCUCAAUUUCUCUUCGUCUUACCGCAGACUGUGGGGGCUCGGCCACCGUGACUUUCCUCACCAGAGCCAGGGAGUGCCUUGUUUUUGGGGAAUAUAUGCGGUACAGCAGGACUGUGCGUCUUUGUUUGUAUUGUGCAACGGGUUCAACCAGUUCACUUCCAUUUUGUUUUCAAAAGGGGGUGAAGCAUCCAACGUUUGAGGCAGCUGUAGAUGAGCUAGAAUACAUGUUGUCUGGUAAGAAAGAACCCAUUUUUGUCGUUGUUAUGGCUGGUACUAUUGACACAGGGAAUCAGCGGGUGUUGGGCGAAUGGAAACCUAGGAAUGACAGAGCUGGGACUUUUGCUAUCAAUACAUUUCGUCGUGUCACCUUAAUUGCCCCCACAACUGAGUUGGCGCACAUUGAGCCUUUGCCGGAGUGCAGGGACCCGGUGAUACCACCAGCUCCGCAGCGAGACAUGGCAUCUACGAUGCACCGUCUUGUUGUAUUACUGGCCCGUCACUUGUAUCUUUUUAUUCUCUACAAGGGUGGAAACGUGGGCAGGGAGGCACUUGAUUGCAUUGCUUACUACCAUUCUCACCCACUGACGAAUCAAAUUAUUUUCACCUACGCCGAUAUGGAGCAGCGGCUACGCAUCGUAUAUGGGACUCUCGGCCUCAUUUUGGAUCCCAAUACGAAGCCAUGGGAUGCGACGACGCUUUCGUUUCUUGUUACAAAGAACGUACUCCUUCAAAGUGAUGCCGCUGCACAUUUUCCAAGCCUUCUUUGGGAUUUGUUUCAUGCCGUGGUGGCGGCGACGCACCAAUGCGGUGCUGAGUACCGUCAUCACCUUUUGAGGAAUGUCAUUAAAUUUGUUGAGAAACACCGUGAUGGGUUUCAUGACAUUUAUACGCAACUUCUUUCGCUAUUGCUAAGCUGGAUAGAUCGGAAUGUCCCAAACUUUUUGCAUUAUGGUGAAAACCGCAAGGACGUUGCUGCGGGGGUGGAACUUGUCAUGAGUGUUGAAAAAUCACUUCUUAAGGACACCAUCCGAAACAUUCCUAUAGCAUCAUUGCAGUGCUUGAUCGACAUGUCGUACUCCUUUACAGAGGGGCUCCCGCUACCAAAGGCGGUGGAUCUUGCGGAGGAAGAGAUGACCUUGCGUAAGAGUUUAUCUGUGGAGGCACACUGUGCCUAUGGUGAAUUUGCGGAGGGGGUGCUUAAGGUAGGUAAAGUCAUGAGUUCCUGUGUGGCGGGUUCACACGGAAGGUACUACUACGAAGUGGUGUUGCCAGACCGACUCACCGCGCCGUUUGCCGUUGGAUGGGGAACGGAAGAACACACAGAGGUUCCAAGUCUACACGUUGGGAGUGACACCUGCAGUUUUGCCUUCACCGGGAAUGAGUUGACGUCAAAGAACAAGAAAGAGGAGUAUAAACCUGGACAAGAGCCGAUGCCAGGAUCCGUGAUUGGGUGUUUGCUUGACAUGAAUGAAAAGUUAGUGUCUUGGUCUGUGAAUGGGGCGUAUGGCCCUUUUGUCCCUAUUCCCAUUGAACACGAGGACAGGGGUUUGUAUGCAUUCAUGUCCACAGGCUCCUGCAGUGGUAUGCGGAUGGCAUUAAAUGCUGCACAGUUUGUAUAUGUGCCUGAUAACUAUUGCGACCUCUCCGGACGCUUCACGCGUGUUCAGAUCACGACAUACGAUGAGCAGCCACUUCAAAGUGUACUGCCUGUGCAACCAUUAUCAUUUUAUGAACAGUUGGCGUCGUACCUUUCCGACACGGAAGAUUCCAUGCCGUUGAAGCAGCAGGCAGGCAAUAUGUCUUUAUCAGUGUUGUCUUCUGUGCACAUGGUGCCUUUGGAGGUUGAGUUAUUGUCACGCUAUCCACUACUGUUGCAGAUGAGCUACGAGGAAAGGAAGGAGCACACGAAGGUUAUUUAUGUUGCUGAGAGCUGCAUGGCUACCGCACGUCGUUUUAUUGAUUUAGACAGUGAAGUUGUGUACGGUCGGUUGUCCUCUGCAUUUCUACGCGUGAAACAUGUUGUGCGUCGGUCCUUUGGAAAGAACCUGCUUGUAAGCAUACCCCACGUUGAGAAAAACUUCAAUCCGUCCAGUAUCACUGUGCGAAUCACGGAAUUAUAUUCCACACUUUCACGACCACCUGAGGUGGCUCUACAGCACUCAGUGCUGUCGCAGAUGUAUAAACAGAUUGGGUCUUUCACUGACGAACAACUUCGACAAACUCCACUGUUUAAGGUGCACUUAUAUAUUUCUGGAAGUGGACACGCCCCGCACGAUCUCGGAGGACCGUACAAACAAUUGUGGACCUUCCUUAGCGAGGAACUUAUGGCACACCCAGAUAAGUGUUAUCCCCAUACAGACUACCACAGGAACCCACUCUGUCGCUAUCUGAACAACUCACGGAGAAUUGCGUUGGUUCCUGAUAGCUCUGCUAAUUCAGCAUAUGAUCUUAUUUUGUUGAACUUUCUUGGAAAAAUCAUGGGUCAUAUGGCGGCUGCAAAGACACCUCUGGUAUUGGAUUUUUCGCCAUUUGUGUGGAAGUAUCUUGUGGAGGACACACUCACAAUAAAAGACUACUACAGGUACGUGGAUAGCGUAGUGGAGAAUAGCAUGGAAGACGCCGAUUUUUUCUUGAGUGGGAUGGCCGAGGAAAUUAUUCCAGGCCUCUCCGCAACGCUGGAGGUACUGGGAAAUGGGGCAAAAAGUGAGGAGGCCAAGGUGACCACCUGCCGUCGACUGGCGGAGGAUUGUCUACUGCACUCCAUGGACCUGCAAUUGAAUGCUAUCCGUGAAGGGAUUUGGGCUGUUCUUCCUAAACGCGUUGUCCGUUGCCUCUUGUGGCAGGAUUUGGAGCGAAUGAUCUGCGGCGACUCAAAUCUAACCCCUGAAGUGAUGAGGCAAUUCAUCGAGGUUCAGCUUACCGGGAUGCGGGAGCAGGCCUUUUGGCGCAUUAUUGAAGAACUCACCGUGGAGCAGCGCUCCUCCUUUCUCUGUUUUGCAUCUGGACAGAAGAGACCUCCCCUCAUCCACAAGAUUAAGGUGACAGAGAGUACAGAGGGCACGGAUCACCUUCCCAGAGCACAGUCGUGCUCCUCCUUGGUGACUGUUCCGCUCUAUGACACCUACGAACUUUUUAGGGAAAAAAUGCUCAUUGCCAUUGCGCAUGAAAUGGAGAUGGAACUUGCGUAG